AAUCACGAAGUCUACAUUUGGGGGCUGUGGUGGCAAAGAACAAGGGAAAAUGCAAAAAUAUAUGGAAAUUUCGCAGUCUGUUUAAUACCCUUGCCUAUAUAUAUGCCAUCCAACGGCCAUAUUCCCAUCGCCUACACAAAUUUUUCCACCUCUUACACUGCGAGUUUUCCUGUCCUUUUUGCUUGAUCUGCCUUUUGAAGGUAAAGAACAAAGGAGAAAGAAAUGGCUUCACAAGCGAAGAAUGUGGGAAUUCUCGCCAUCGAAAUCUACUUCCCUCCCACUUGCAUACAGCAGGAAGUAUUGGAGGCUCAUGACGGAGCAAGCAAAGGGAAAUACACAAUUGGGCUUGGCCAAGAUUGCAUGGGGUUUUGUACUGAGGUUGAAGACGUCAUUUCGAUGAGUUUGACAGCCGUUAGUUCACUUCUUGAGAAAUAUGGGGUUGACCCAAAGCAGAUUGGUCGUCUGGAAGUUGGAAGUGAGACUGUACUAGACAAGAGCAAGUCUAUUAAGACAUUCUUGAUGCCAAUCUUUGAGAAAAGUGGAAAUACUGACAUAGAAGGUGUUGACUCAACCAAUGCAUGCUAUGGGGGAACUGCAGCUCUCUUCAACUGCAUCAAUUGGGUGGAAAGUAGUUCAUGGGAUGGACGAUAUGGGCUUGUUGUCUGCACAGACAGUGCGGUCUAUGCAGAGGGGCCAGCCAGGCCAACUGGAGGAGCUGCAGCUAUUGCCAUGCUAAUAGGGCCUAAUGCUCCGAUUGUGUUUGAAAGCAAGUUCAGGGGUAGUCAUAUGGCUCAUGCCUAUGAUUUUUACAAGCCUAAUCUUGCCAGUGAAUAUCCAGUUGUCGAUGGCAAGCUUUCUCAGACUUGCUAUCUCAUGGCACUUGAUUCUUGUUAUAAAACCUUUUGUAACAAGUACAAGAAAUUGGAGGGCAAACAGUUUUCGAUUGCUGAUGCUGAAUACUUUGUCUUUCAUUCUCCAUAUAACAAGGUAAUUAGUGAGCGGUGAUGGAAAUUUAGCAAU